GUCGUCUACCGGCCCCGAUGCAUCGCAUCAGGACGGUGCCACCGGUCCUUCUGCCGCGGCCGGCAAGCAGAGAGUCACCUUUAUGGCCUGCUUCCUCGGUCUCGUCGCCAGUAUCGGUGGUUUCAUGUUUGGUUAUGUCAGUGGUCAGAUUUCCGGCUUCUUCAACAUGAAGGACUUCGGCCGCCGCUUCGGCGAGCCCCUAGGCAACGACGAAUACUACUUCAGCGCCGCACGCCAGGGUACAAUGGUCGGCCUCCUCCCCGUGGGCUGCCUGUUCGGUGCCCUCAUCGCCGGCCGCCUCAGUGACGUCCUCGGCCGCCGCCUCGCCAUCAGCUUGUCCGCCAUCUGGUCUUGCGUGGGCAUCGUCAUCGAGAUAUCCAGCCAGAACGCGUGGUACCAGUUCGCGAUCGGCCGCUUUGUCACCGGCAUCUCGAUUGGCUCCCUCUCCGUCGUCGUGCCCAUGUACCAGUCUGAGAGCAGCCCGGCCAUCAUCCGUGGUGUUCUCGUCUCGCUGUACCAGCUCUUCAUCACCUUCGGUAUCUGGACCAGUUAUAUGGUUGAGUUUGGCACCAACAAGAUGGAGAACUCCGCCUCUUGGCGCAUCCCCAACGGCCUGGGCUUCAUGUGGUCCUUGAUCCUGGGUGUUGGCAUUCUGUUCCUCCCGGAGUCCCCCCGUUUCGCGUACCGCCAGGGCCGCGAGGAGGAGGCGCGCAAGACGAUUGCCAAGCUCGCCGGCGUCGAACCACACGACCGCUCGGUCCAGGAUCAGCUCACGCAGAUUCGCGUCAAGCUCGACGAGGAGAAGAACAUGGAGAAGGCCUCGUGGUUCGAGAUUUUCACCGGCCCCCGCAUGCUGUACCGCACCGUGAUCGGUGUUGUGCUCCAGGCCGGCCAGCAGCUCACUGGCGCCAACUUCUUCUUCUACUUUGGCACCACCGUUUUCAAGUCGACUGGUCUCGAUGACUCGUACGUCACCCAGAUCAUCCUCGGCUCCGUCAACGUCGUCUGCACUUUCGGCGGUCUGUACGUCGUGCAGAAGUUCGGUCGCCGUCCCGCUCUGAUUGCCGGUGCUGCCUGGAUCGUGAUGUGCUUCUUUGUCUACGCCUUUGUCGGCGAGUACGCCCUCGACUCGAAGAACCCCAUGAACACCCCGAAGGCCGGCUCCGUGCUCAUCGUCUUCUCCUGCCUCGCCAUCGCCUCGUUCGCCGCCACCUGGGGCCCGCUCGUCUGGGCCGUCGUCGCCGAGCUGUACCCGGCCCGCUACCGCGCGCACUGCAUGGCUCUGGCCACCGCCAGCAACUGGUUCUGGAAUUUCCUGAUCAGCUUCUUCACGCGCUUCAUCACUGACGCCAUCGGCUACUGGUACGGCCUCGUCUUUGCCGGGUGCUGCGCUGCCCUCGUCGUCAUCGUCUACUUCUUCGUCAUCGAGACCAAGGACCGCAGUCUCGAGGAGAUCGACACCAUGUACGUCCUGGGCGUCAACCCCAUCACCUCGUCCAAGUGGGACGGCAGCAAGGCCCCCGGCAGCAGCUCCGGCGACAGCAGCGAGGAGGGAGUCACCGCAGAGGGUCUCGCCGUCGGCGCGGGCGCGAGCAGUGCUGCCGCGGCGAAUGCUAGUGCUGGCGCUACUGCUGCGCAAGUUUAGAAACUUCCACAUGCAGUCUUGAAGAAGGAAGAGCGAACGUGGCGCGUUUGGGGGUUGAAAGUGUAUCCCCUCCCCACCUUCCCACGCCGGUAUAUUUGUGUAUAUGUGUACAACACCGUGUAGCAAUUGUAUCCAGGAAAGCGACCUUCAAGGAAUACCAAGCAAUUACGGUUUUUAAUUUCUCGGCUGCGGUUUUGCUGAAGGACUAUUAGAUUGCCACGGGAGUAAAUACUCUCCCUUAUAUUUUUAAUCGAGGAGUGGCAUGGUACCUUCUAAAGAGCACAUAUAUAUUACCAUAAAUUACUAAGCAAG